AUCAUCAUAUAAUAAUGCAGCUUCUCUCUGGGCGUGGCUGAUGAUUUUUUUUAUUUAUGUAGGAGGGACACUGGCCAAGGGCAGCAAAAAAAAAAAAAAGCCCACAGAGAUGCCAGUCCUAGAAAAGGUUCCAAAGCAAUAGUCAGAAAUUGAAGGAUAAGUGUCUUGAAACUUCCCUCUUGAAGGAAUUCAAGUCAUAGGAAGGUGGAAAUACAGAAGCAGGCAUGGAGUUUCACAGUUUACCAGAGAAAGGGAUGAAUGAUUUAGAGAGGUGGACAGAAUAGAGGUGAGAGAAAGAAGAAAGUCUUGUGCAGCGAGACCGCGGGAGGAGGGGAGGCAUGCAGUCCUUACGUUCCCAGCAGGCAGGAUGGGGAGGCGCUGACGGCUGCUCUCAUGAAGUUCAUCCUGCAGGUGUCCUCAGGGCGACAGGUGUAUCUCCUCGCUGACAACAGCAUGCCGGUGGGCGUGGCGGCGAGGGUGUGCGGGGAGGCGCGGCUGGACACCAUCCUUCUGACCUACGAGCCCAAGCUGCUGCUGCUAGAGUCGCUGCUCCGUUCGCCCCUCAGGCCGCUGGACGUGCGCUACGUGAUCGUCAUGUGCACUGCCAACCACAUGCUGCACGUCUUUCAGCAAGUGCGAGCCAAGGCGCUGGAGUCCAUGACGGUGUGGUGGUUCGUGAUAGCGACCGAGGACCGCACCGCCGCCCUCCAGGACCUGCUGAGGGAAGGGUCGCAGGUGACGCUCAUCACACGAGUGUCUGAUGCCGCUGAGUUCACGGUGGCCACCACGCGAAUAAACCAGGCGGGCAGGGUGAGGCUGGAGACGGCAGGAAGGUGGCGUCCAGCACGGCGGCAGCCGGUGGAUGCCUCUGCCUGGUCUGCCACGCUGGUGCCGGACCUCCUCCGCUUAUAUGCUGAUUUCGAGGGCCGGCAGCUGAUUGUGGCAGCCAACGACAACUGGCCUUUCCUUGGCCUAACGCUCCUUGAGGGCGACGCCGCGGCUCCGCGGUCAGGCAUCGACAUCAACAUUUUAGAUGCCCUUGGCGCCAAGCUUAACUUCACGUACCAACUGGUGGUGCCGAGGGACCGUGCGUGGGGCGGCCCGCAGCCCGACGGAUCCAUCACGGGACUCAUCGGGAUGGUCGCCCGACACGAAGCUCACGUCGCCAUCUGCGAGAUCACUAUCACCGACAGUCGCGAGACGGUGGUGGACUUCACAGCGACCUACUGGCUGGAGUCCCUGACGCUGGUGAGCCGCGCCCCCAAAGAGAAAGAGCGAUCCAUGGCUGUGUUCUGGCCCUUCACCACGGCGGUGUGGGGAUUUAUCGCGGCGGCCACACUGGUGAUGGGUCCCGUGGCGUGGGUGAUGAUGAGGGCCUCGGGGAGCGGUCUUCACCUGCACGUCGCCGCCUUCAACAUGUUCCGCAGCAUCGUGAUUCAGACCAACUUCUUGCCGCCUCGGUCUGCCUCCCUCCGUUUUGUGUUCAUCUUCUGGUACUUCUUCUGCUUCAUUAUUUACGCGAUGUACUCGGGCACCCUGACAGCGGUGCUGGCCAUACCCUCCUUCGACCGACCCGUGGACAGCCUCACUGACUUGCCAGCCGCAGUGGCCAACGGGUUUUCUGUGGGAACCCUCAAGGCCUCCAGCACCGAGUUCCUCUUCAGGCACGCGGAUGGCGGCAUCUACAAGCAGGUGUGGGAACUCUUCCACCCCGUCCACAGCCUCCUGCCUGACCCUGAACUCGGCUUCGAUAAGGUGCUGGAAGAGAAAUUUGUCUUGAUCAACUCUGAACUCAACGCCAAGAUCCGCGCCACGGUUCGAGGCCGCGAGAAGUAUUACUUCGGACGUGAUACUUUCUACCCACACGGCUACGGCAUCGCCUGCACCAGCGGCGCCCCCUUUAGGCCCAAACUUGAGCAACUGCUGCAGUGGAUUGUGGAGGCGGGGCUGGUGACGCAGUGGGGCGAGCAGGAAAUUCAGAAGCUUGCUCAUCAUGAGGCCGGCAGCGAUGAGGCCAAGGCAACUCUCUCCCUCACGCUGGAGCACCUCCAGGCAGCGUUCUACCUGAUGCUGUGCGGGUCCACGGUGGCGGCCGCCACUCUCAUGAUGGAGCUGAGUGUCUGUGUGCUGCUCAACAAAGCCUCCUGACCCGCCGCAGCGCAAAGAUAUGAUGGCAAACGGAUCGUGAGAGGGCACGCGGUGGAGGCGGUAGCGUGCAUGUGUGUGAGUGAAGACCCAUCUCAGCAGUGUUCUGGCAGCUCAAGAUAUUUUCAUUCUGAACCGUAGACUUACCACGCAGAAAUGACAUUUACGUUAACAAGGCGCCAUAUGACUUUGUUGUCGCAGCACAGAAUUACUAAACUGACUAACAAAUCCCAUUUGCAUGAAUAAUUUAGAUUUGCAGCUCUAAUUUCACAGCUAUACAAAUGUCACGAGUGAUUUUUUUGACUAUUUUAUUAUCUUUUGAGUGUCUAAAUGGACGUUAUUGACAAGUAAUUAUCAUAAGUAGAUCCGUAAGUAAAUAAAUAAAUAAACACAUAAAUGUAACUAAAUUAAAGAAAUGGAUACUUG